UGCCUGUCUGACUGACUGACUGUAUUAUUAAAAUUUACUUGCGUCGGACGAACAACCACCGAAUAGUAAAAUCAAUAGCCCUUGAAAAUACACACACUGUACAAAAUGAUUCACGCUCCAGCGUUCUCGAGUUGCUACGAUACGAUAUGAACAGAGUUCAGUUGGGAAAAUUGAGAUAAUUGCCUAAAGGUUUCCGUUUUAUAAGUAUGAACAAUUGUUUUACAUCAAGGAAGUUAUGAUUUGGAAAUAUAGAAUACAAUGUGGAAAAGAGUGACACUUGAGAAGUUAUAAGGAAAUUAUUACCAUUGAUAAGACGUAAUUUAAUUGAAAAUUUAGCCUAGUUGUUUUGAGGAAAACAAGUCAAGUUUAUUUUUGUGAAUCAAAAUAAAAACUAUGAGUGAACAAGGGCAAGAUACGAAUGCAAUGGACACUGGAGAAAAUGGGCAUAAUGGUGAUGAAAAUGUUGAUAAUAGUGUAGAAAUUACUACAUAUGAAGAAGAAAAGAUGGCAAAUGAAGGAAAUGAUUUGGUUAAGAAAGAGACCAUUCCAGGAAACGAAGAGGAAAUUGAGCCUGCACGUGUAUUUAACCUCCCAGAUAAAGCCCCAAAAAAUUACAAGAUUAUAGCGAACCCGGAAGAGGAAGCUUUGGAUAAAAUAAAUAAGGAGAUUCUUGAUGAUCCAGACUAUAAAGAGGUUGAUGAUCUCACAGACCAUUUAGAAGCGUUUAAAAAAAAGUUUCUCGAGUUUGAUAAAGAUGCAAAUGGAAAUAUUGAUAUGUUUGGUUUAUCUCGAAUGAUGGAGAAACUGGGACAAGCAAAGACACACCUUGAGAUGAAAAAAAUGAUUCGAGAAAUUGAUACUACAAACACCGGGUCAAUCUGUUACAGAGACUUUAUAACUAUGAUGAUUGGUCCAAAAACGUCAGUUCUCAAACUAAUUUUGUUGUUCGAAGAGAAGAUGAAAGAGAAGGAAAAGCCGACAGGGGUCGCCCCGAAAAGGGAUUUAGCGAGUUUGCCUUAAGUACGUCCUUGCUUAUGUGAAAAAUGGACAGGGACCAAAAUGUGCAAUUUUGAUGAAAGGCCGAUCAUGACCUACAUAUAACAUUGUUGUACAUAACUUCUACAUGCUAAUAAAAACAAAUUAUCAAAUGACGUCGCUAAAUUUGCAAUGUAUAACUAGAAUGUGUUUCAUAUAAUACAAACGUGUAAAACUAAAGAUUCAUGUAUGAUAGCAUGUUAUGUUCGUUAUAAUUUCAUUUUGUCGCACGCCCGUUUAAAAACACUUUCCAUGACUGGUUUUAUGACGGUCGUCUAUAUAUUGUAUAAGAUACUAUAUGUAUACAUGUAUAUACUUUAUAUUUGAAAAUGAUUUAAGAGCAAUUUAUGAAAGCAAAAUUAAAGUGUAAUAUGUCUUCACGCAUGACAAUAUUAUAUAUGUGUAAGCUAGUGUGUCAUAGCAUACAUGUAUCUAUUUAAUUUUUAAUUAUUUGUAUGAUUUGAAUAUAGCCGUUAAUGCUGGCUUGAAAGACAGAUUACUAUGCUAGUUACUGCUUAUCCUUUACAUAAAAAAUAAAAUAUUAGAUACAUG